AUGACUGCACUUGGUGUCGAUCCUAGAUUAACUGUAGGUGCAACGGAACAGGCAGGGACAGUUAUUAAUGAAUUAGAAAAUACAAAGCUUGCUGCUUCUGACAUGAUAAAAAAUCGAUUGGAAGAGAGAGAAAGAAGAAUCCAAUCGCAGUUGCAAAAAACCGAAAGAUCUCAGUUCCUUAAAGAAGCUCGUUUGGCCUGUUGA